GUCUUCUUCAUACCAGCCAGCCCCGAGGUGCACUCAAUACAAACAAUGAACAUUUAGUCCAGAGGGAAGACGGGCCUUUGGGUUGGACAGGUGCACUGGUUUGCUUCUCCUUCUACACACAACCAGGAAAGCCCCCCAGACAGUCCAGAGUUGGGUGAUUUGCAGGAUUGGAUUGAUCUGCAGUCAUGUUGAACGUCCGUAUUCUAAGAUGCAGGAGCGCUCUGAUACGAGAGUGCAUGGCUGAGUUCUUGGGAACCUUCACCUUGCUGCUCUUCGGCUGCUCCGCUGCAGCACAGGUAAAAACCAGCAAUGAGAAGAACGGCCAGUUUCUGUCGGUCAACAUGGCCUUCUCUGUGGGGGUGAUGUCGGCCAUGUAUCUCACCAAAGGCAUCUCAGGGGCCCAUCUCAACCCAGCAGUGUCUCUAAGUUUCUGCAUCCUUGGAAAGGUUAAGUGGGGACGGCUGCUGCCCUACAGCUUCUUCCAAGUCCUGGGGGCUUACAUGGCAUCAGCUAUGGUCUAUCUGGUCUACUAUGAUGCGAUAAUGGAGUACAGUGGAGGAGAGUUGACUGUUUAUGGUCAGAACGAGACGGCCUCCAUAUUUGCUACAUAUCCUAAAGAGUUUGUUACUGUUGGCAGGAGCUUCCUUGACCAAGUUGUGGGCACUGGACUCCUGUUGCUGUGCAUCCUGUGUCUGGAUGAGAAGCGGAACACUCCCGCUCCUCCUGAUCUGAUCCCUCCUAUCGUCGCGGUGAUUGUCCUGGGCAUCUCCAUGUCUUUGUCAGCCAACUGCGGAGGGGCCAUAAAUCCUGCUCGAGACCUGGGGCCACGGCUCUUCACGCUGACUGCAGGCUGGGGUACUGAGGUGUUCACGUGUUAUAACUACUGGUUCUGGGUGCCGAUUGUGGCUCCGCUUCUUGGAGGCGUUUUGGGUUCCUUCAUUUAUUUGAUCUUCAUCCACUGGCAGCUGCCUGACGAAGAACCUCCGGAGAAUCUCCUCACAUUUUCAAGCAUCUGCGACAAAACUAAACAUGUGAACAUCAUAACUGAAAAAGGAAACGAGGUGAAGACAGCACAGUUUUGAUUGCAGCGAUGAACAGAUUUCUAGUUAAAGACGACUAAUUUCAGCCCUCAAAAUCAACAAACACAUAAAGGAAUGUACUCUGGUUGGAAAAUCGGACAAAAUGAACAUGUCUGAGAAAGCUGAACUGCAAAAUGCCAAAAGUAGCCAUUUUUUUAAUUUAAAUUAAGGUUAAAAUAUUUACAUCUCUUGAAAGUUACAAGCUAUGCUAAUAUUUGCUGCAAGUCACUUCACAAUUAGAAGCUCGGAACUAUAAAUCAGUCAAUUAUAGCACGUUAAAAUGUUAACCGCCACAUUUUAAUCACAAAUACCUGCACACAUGUGAUAUUUUGAAUUAGUUCAGACGUAUUUGCAUGUUAUAAAUCAAUCUUUCAGGCUACAUUACUGUCUUACCCUGUAAAACAGGGGCAUCUUAAUGGGUUAAGCCCCGCCCAUAUUAAGGGAAGUUCUCCUCUAAUUGACUUAUAUAUACUUAUAUACUCAUAUUGACUUUUAUAACACCCCCUAAACAAGCCGCUUUAAAAACGCUUACCAUUUAGAGGUGAGAUGUGCACAGAGACACAGAAAAGCAGGGUAAAAAUUGUAAAAAUAAAUAAAUAAAUAAAAUAAAAAAUAGAAAAGUUGCAGAAUUUUUGUUGUUUUGCAACUUCAGGUAAAGAUGUUCCUCUAUGGCUCCUGUUACACACUACUGAGAAGUCUGUGUCUCCAGUUUAACUAAAUGUAGCACAGUAUUAGAACAAUGCAUGUUAAUCACAGUUUUCACUCACAGAAUUAUGCCUACACACUAUUGUAAAAACUCACACUUGACACCUCUUUACAGAGGCCUUCUGCAGUUGAAACACUCACAAAUUUAGGAGACAGUUAUGCGGUUUAUCCGACUAUUUGGGACUCCUUCAAAGCAACAAAAUCUUUAACAGUUCAGUUGUCUGGGAAAGUAUAGUAUCUCUGCCUUCUAGUAUUUUGUAUUUUGAGAACAAAUGCAAACACAACAUUUAAAGAUCUGGAUAAAAAAGGGGGUUUCUGUCUCUUUUCACCUUAACGUUGAGAAAACCAAACCUGGUGCAUGCUGUAACGCCCCCUUUGGUCCAGUUAGCUCACAACAGUCUGAGAUUUCAUAACAUUAAAACCAAUAUCCUUCAUUUCAGUCAUUUUAAAGGGGUAAAAUGAAAAUAAAAGGCUGCAAAGUUAUUCUCAGAAACUUGUCAAACGUGUUUAAUGACCUCCUAAAGUGAAGAACAAUUGACAUUUUUUUUACACUGCUGUACAAUCACACUGUCAAAUGAAUGCAUGUAAAUACUGCUUUAGGGAUUUGUACCUUGUGCCUCAGGAUCAUUUUGUUUUAACACCCUUUUGAUGAACUGAAUUGUAACAAACACAAUCUUGCAAUAAUAAAAAUAUUUGCUCUUUGGAUUGUCUCUGUGUAGCUCUGUAAUGGAUUCAGGACUGUGGCUAAAAGAGUUGAUUUGUUUUUUACACUUUUAAGGAUAUGUGUUUUACUGUUUACUAUAUUUCUAUUCUAUUUUAUGUUUUAGCAACAGUUGUUAAUCCUUCAUUUUUUAAGUGAGUUUUAAGUGUUAUUUGAAUUAAAUGUCCAAAAAUAUUCAGCAUAUUUUAAAGUUAUUAACAGAGCCUGCAUGGAUCCUGCAGGUUUGUUUUAAAUUUGGGGUGUAGUG